GCUUUUUGUCUUGUCUCUCUGCCUCCCACUUGCACAAUCCCACUUUUUCCCCCCAAAAAAUCGUUUUCGACUGUAUUUGUAUUGUUUGCAUUAAAACAAACGGCGUCGAACGCCGAGUGUCGAGGUCGUCUGCCUUGCUGAUAUAUAUAUCUAUUUUUUUGGUGAAAUAUAGUCUGCGUCAUUUCGCACGCGCCGCCAACUGCAUCAAAAGAGUUCGAGUAAGAUUUAAUUCAAAUUGCAACGAUGGAAUCGGAUACGACGGAAAUAGAAAGUACGGCGGCGGCGGCGGCGGAGUUGCAGACGCCGCUACAAAGUGAAAGCGUUGUGGGCGGCAAGGGGGAAGACAAAGUCGAAGGCGACGCGACACCUCCGCCUCACAAGCGGCAGAAAACCGAAAAGGAUGAUGAUGCAGAUGCAGAUGAGCCGAAGGAGAAGCAAAUAGAAGAGUCCGAGGAGCAGGUGCCUCAACUGGUUGCUGUGGAGCGGUCACAGAUCAGCUUGCGUCAGUUCAAUCGCAUACCCGUCUUCAUUGUGGACUAUCACAACGAUGUGCUGGAGUUCAUCUACAGAUGCCUGGCCUCACGGCAUUUGCCGCUGGAGCGUAAUGUCUUGGUACAUUUCGAUUCUCAUCCGGAUUUGGUGGUGGAUCGCGAUAUACCAGCCAGCGCCAGCUACGACAAGGACGUCAUGCUCAACGAGUUGAGCAUCGAGAACUGGAUUAUGCCCACCCUUUAUGCAGGUCACUUCAAUCGCGUUGUCUGGCUGAAGAACUCGUGGUGCCAGCAGAUUCCCACAGGCAAGCAUCAGUUCAAGAUCGGGCACAAGGAGGAUCGCAUUGGUGUGGACUGUCCGCUGGACUAUUUCAUUUCCGAGGGCAACUAUUGCACCAGCGACGAGCUGCAGGAGGCGCGCUCUGUGGAGCUUCAGGUGCACGAUGCCGACAGCGAGGCGCUGGAUCCCGCAGAGUUUCUGUCCGAGAAGGACGCUGGGGCCUUUAUAUUGGAUAUUGACUUGGACUUCUUUAGCACAUCGAAUCCGUUUCUAGAAAUCUACAAAGAUGCCAAUUGCUAUGAGCAGCUGACGGAGAUCUUUCACUUCGAGAGCGUGGAGCCGGCCAAGCGGGCGGGCACAGCCACCAUAGCUGACUUUUGUGCCACAGCGGAGACGCGACAGAAGCAGCUGGAUGCAUUGAAGCGCAUCUUCUGGCAUCUGGAGGAGGAGCGCACCUUUGAUGGUCUCGAGCGACCCGACGAGUCAGUCAUCACGCCCCAGGUCUACGCCAAAAUUCUCCAUUUGGCUGAGCAACUGCAGGCGAAAUAUCCGGACGAUGAAAUCGAUUGGCUGCUCAUCUUCGACUCGGGCAGCACCACGGAUAACAAUGGACUGCCCCAUCAUAUAAGCACCACCAAGGAGCUGGAGGAUUACUUUGCGCACUUUAAGCGUUUCCUGCAACGUCUGCCCGUUCCGCCCGUGGCCAUCACAAUGGCGCAUUCGGCCCGGGAUGACUACUGUCCCCAGGAUCAGGUGGCGUUCAUCGAGGAGCAGGUGCUGCGGCUGCUGCGCGAGGUCUUUGGCGACAAACUGCACGAGAAGGCCAUCUUGCACUACAUGGACGAUCCGUGGGAUGUGAUGAAGCUCUAAGCAUAAUUCAGAUUAUUCAUAUAAUCAAUCAGAGAUCUGCUCCAUGUGGAUCGACAGCACCAAGUCGCAGCAUACGAAAAAGAAGAAGAAGAACAAGAAGAAAAAAGACUAGACUGCGUUCUUUUCCUUCUUUGUGUUCUUUUCUUUUGUGUUUACUCAAUGACUGACGCUUGCAACGAAACUUCUAAGUGAUUCCACACAACUGCAGCACGAAAGAUGAACUAAACUAACUACUAACAAAUUACUUAUUUUUUUACAUUAAUAAUUAUAAACAUACGUAACGUAUUUAUUAUACACAAAACGGAAACGAAACGAUACACAGUUACAAUAUACAUAUGCUACAUUUAUAUGAAGUCCUUGAAGCGUGAUUAUAAAUUAAACGCAAUAAAAUCAAAGAGAAUAA